AGUGACGUGGUACGCUACUCACUGCUGCUUUUGAUGCCGGGAAUCCAUGGCUGAGAAAUCUGUUUUGUUUUCCAUCAUGAAAUUAAGGUAACUCCCUGUGAAGAUUUUUCUGUAACUUGGAUAUGCAAUUUGACAAAACGUUGGUAAUUUUUGUUGUUUUAAAAUGUUAUUCUUGAAUUCUGAUUUGUUUAUUCUGCUGUCAGUGUUUCCCUUAGAGAUUCUCAGUUGAGGUUGCUGAGAGAAGUAUCUGCACAACUCCUAAAACGUGGCAUCUCAACAUUUCACAGCAGAUUAUGCAAAAAUGGUAAAGUCAGCCCCUUCUAUAAUAAUGAAUAAUAAAAAAAAUAUUAAAGACUGACUUUGAAUUUACCCUCAUUGUAGUAUUGAAGUCGGAUUCUCCCUCCCCCCUCCCCCCAGAUGGUCUCUUCCUUGUCCAUCCGGCAGUAUCCCAGGCAUUGGCAGAAAACAGACCAGUGGUGGCGCUAGAGAGCACCAUCAUCACCCAUGGCAUGCCAUACCCACACAACCUGAGGUAUGUGCUGCAAAGAUGUCAAAAUGGGAAGGACUUUGUAAGACAGAAAGUUCCUGAUAUAUAAAAAGUAAAAUGCCAUGCUAUAAAGCUAAUUUAUUCUGGCAACAUUUACUCCAUUUAGCAGACGCUCUUAUCCAGAGUGACUUACAGGAGCAAUUAGUGCCUUGCUCAAGGGCACAUCGACAGAUUUAUCACCUAGUUGGCUCAGAGAUUCGAACCAGCAACCUUUCGGUUACUGGCCCAACGCUCUUAACCGCUAGACUACCUGCUGCCCUUAAUUCAGUAUUGGAAGUUACUACUUCAACAGUCACUGUUUUGCCUCAUUCAGCACAGCCAAAGAGGUAGAGGCCAUAGUAAGGACUGAGGGAGCCACUCCUGCCACUGUUGGACUGCUCCAGGGGAGGGUUCAUGUGGGGUUGUCUUCAGAAGAACUGGACUACCUAGCCCAGAGUAAGACAUCGCUGAAAGUGUCCCGCCGAGACCUGCCCUACGCCAUCAGCAAGGUGAGCACCUGUCAAGGUUUGGACAAACAACCGAAAAGCCACUCCAUUCAGUCUCAUUCAGUUUGAAUACCUUGCUUACCGGUGUGUGUGUGUUCUCCAGGGUCUCUGUGGUGGCACCACUGUUUCAGGCACCAUGAUAGCAGCACACAGAGCCGGUAUCCAUGUCUUUGUCACUGGCGGUGUUGGAGGAGUGCACCGAGAUGGAGAGAAUAGUACGUUAUUGGUUUGAAGCUACUGUAGCCUCAGUGAAAUGACAUCAUCAUCCACAGUGGGGAGAUUUCAUGCUUAGGAUACAGAAAUAAACAACAACAAAAUGUACUGAACUUGUUAACUGACCAUCUUCUCAGGUAUGGAUGUCAGUGCAGAUCUGACAGAGCUAGGCAGGACUCCCAUUGCUGUGGUCUCAGCUGGAGUCAAGUCCAUCCUUGACAUUGGCCGCACCCUGGAGUACUUGGUUAGUGGUUAUUGCUAGAUGGUUUUAUACAUGGUCAAAUGCAUAGAUUCCACUGCAAGAGAUUCCACUGCAAGAGAUUCCAUUGCAUCGCCAAAUAAUCAUUAACAAUUGUGUACUUUCUCAGGAGACACAGGGUGUGUGUGUCGCCACAUUUGGGACCUCCAAGAAUUUCCCCGCUUUCUUCUCUCCACAAAGUGGGUUUACCUCCCCUUACCACGUCAACAAUGCUGAGGAGGCUGCAGAUCUCAUUGGUAACGCAGAUAAAUAUUUUAUGUCUUGAGUAGCAAAAUGUUCAACUGACCCAAUAUUGCUGUUAUUUCAGGGUCAUUCUGAACUGAUAAUAUAGACAUGAUCAUAAGACAUUAUAAGGGGGUCACACGUGCUUACGACAAAUCUUCCAAUGUAUUAUGACUGCAUCAUAAUGUACUACACCGGUCUCUUUCCCCUGGUCGACAGCGGGUACGCUGUCCCUGGGUCUACAGAGUGGGCUGCUGUUGGCUGUGCCCAUCCCUAAGGAGCAUGCAGCAGCUGGACAACAGAUUGAGGACGCUAUACAGGCUGCACUGGCAGAGGCUAAGUAAGGAAGCGAUGCAUUAGGUUCAGAGGGAUGUUUCACUCAAAAUAUAACAUAAAUCACCUUUCCACCUAUCUUGGCUGCAGUUGAAUCCCCAAUACAUGUAUUUUGCCUACUUAGCUAUUGCCAUUAAAGCCUUAUUUAUUGAGCACUUCUCAUGGUCCGUCUGUGCCGGGUGGUGUUUUCUAAACGGUUAUUUCCUGAUCUCUAGAUAGUUGCUUGCAUGACUGACAUCACAGGAAGUCUGCUUAUCAGAGUUUAUGUUUGGUUGCCUUGAUAUAUGAGAAGAAAAGUAUCAGCCACACGAUGAACUCUCUGUUGCCUUCGUACGUAUUUCCCCUGUAGUGCUAAAGGUAUAAGAGGAGGAGAUGUGACGCCCUUCAUCCUUCAAAAGGUCAACGAACUGACCCGAGGAAAGUCCCUCCAGGCUAGUAUCCUUCUCUGAUCAAUACCGUGAUGUGAGAAAACCACGCUGAAGAGAGGGAGGGAGGGAGGGAGGGAUCAUAUCAGAGUCAUUCUUAGUGUAAGGUAUAAAAAUAAAAAAAGAUCUGGCGUCAUAAUUGUUGAUUUUUUUAAACUUGUUUUAUCUAUAUAUAACUGAAUAUUUGUAUCAUCAUUACAAUUAAGGUCCUUAAUCUGAUAUUCCCAAAGAUAUCGCUCUCAUCCAUAAUAAUGCCAGGGUGGGCAGUCAGAUAGCCUGUGCACUGUCUGAACGAAUGCAGAAGAAGACUAGGACACCUUCUGCUCCUCACGCAAAGGAGAGAGAGAAAGAUUUGGACUCUCACUCAACCAUUGUGAGUACUAGUCAUGUGUUCAUCAUCGAUAUGAACCACCCACUCUUGUCUUGUAGAGCACAUCAGUUUUCUUACUCUAGUUUUAGCUUGAUGGACAGUGUUUAACAUGCUUGCUGUACAAUACCACUGUGGCUCUUUCAUCACAGGUUGUCAUAGGUGGUGUGAAUGUGGAUUUUAUUGCCAAGGGGAAAACAGAUAAGCUAGUGGUACGUUCACACUAACCCUGCUUAUAUCAAGCAUCUACUACUGCACGUCUAGAAUAUUCAAAUAACGUCAAUGACACAUGGGUUUCUUUGAUUGCUCAAUUGGCUGUUUAUAUAUUUCACAGUUUGGACAGACGAAUCCUGGAAGUGUCUGCCAGUCAUUUGGUGGAGUAGGAAGGAACCUCGCUGGUUAGUUAUUUAAUCAAUAAGGCACGAGGGGGUGUGGUAUAUGGCCAAUAUACCACGGCUAAGGGCUGUAUCCAGCACGACGCAACGCGGAGUGCCUGGAUACAGCCCUUAGCUGUGGUAUAUUGGCCAUAUACCACAAACCCCAGAGGUGUCUUACUGCUAUUAUAAACUGGUUGUCAGCGUAAUUAGAACAGUAAAAAUACAUGUUUUGUCAUACCACGGCUGUCAGCCAAUCAGCAUUCAGGGCUCGAACCACCCAGUUUAUAACAUGCAAUUAUGUCUACAUAGCUCCUAUAUGCGGAAAAGGUUAAUCAAACUUUUGCAUUGAGUGAAGACAGUUUAAUGUUGAGUUCUUGUGUGAAAUUUUACCCACCAGACAUUCUGAGCAGAAUGGGCCAAAGACCUCUCUUCAUCUCAGCUAUUGGAACUGACUCUCACAGUGAUGCUGUGCUGAACUACUGUCGGCACAUGGUACGUAUGUGGAGAAGAUUUAGAGCGGUGUUCUGACUUGAGAUCAGCACGUUUCCAUUUAAAAUCAGAGUUGUGCGAGUUACUUAUCUCAACUGUAAAUCGGGCCCUUAACGAGUAGUAACAAUUUUAUAUGACCAAAUGCAAAUCCCUCUCCCGUAGUAUUCUGGCAUGACAUUCUUGCCUCUUUUGAUUUUCCUUAGAACACCAGUGGCGUCGCUAGGCUUAAGGAGCAGCGGACUGCUACUUAUUGUGCCGUGAUCACCGAGAGCGGGGAUCUGAGUCUCGGAUUGGGCGACAUGGACAUCCACCAGCAAAUCACAGAGCAGUAUGUGAGUAUUUCUGAAGCGGGUACUUCAUUUACAUUUUAAACUGUAAAGAGAACCUGAUUUACUACACAUAAAAGUACACAUAUAUAUAAUGUUUUUGUCAUGAUGAUUGUUUUUUUAAAUAUAGAAUAGCACUGAAAAAUAACACAUUGCCUAUCUCUAUAUACAGGUGUCCCAGUUUGAGGAGAAGCUCUCGUCAGCCUCUCUCGUGUGUCUGGACGGCAAUAUACCCGUCUCCACCAUCGACUAUGUUUGCUCCUUCGCCAAGAAGCAUGCAGUGCCAGGUUAGCAUGGAGAGCUGACCGCUUUGACAGUCAUCAAUAGUGAUCGAUCACCAUUUUCUCACCAUCAGUGCAUGUCUGUGUGAUCAGGGCCCCUAUUCACAAAGAAUUUGAGUCAGAGUACUGAUCUAGGAUCAGGUCUCCCCUGUCCAUGUAAUCUUAUUCAUUCUGAUCUAAAAGGCAAAACUGAUGUAGUGUAUUAUGAUUAUUACUUUUCUAGAGGAACAAAGAGGGGAUGUUUAUCUUAGUUCAAAAGUAGCCAUUUGUAGGGUGACGCCCCAGGGGAGACAGGUGAUUGGACAGCAGAGGGAGCAACCCAUAUUUUUGCAUUGUUUAUAAGUAUAUGCUGGACGAAGAAGAGGUCAGAGCAGACAUUACAAUUCGAGGACACUGCUCUCCGGGUGUCAUGACAUCCGUCACUUAUGCUGGAAUCUUGUGAUAUGAAUAAACGUAUGAUCAAAGGUUCAGUAUGAGCGGACUCCUUUGUUUAUCAGCAAUAACUGCCAGCAUUUACUCGAUACCACACUGAUCCUAUAUCAGCACUCCUAUUCUGAGACGCUAUAUGAAUACAGACCCUGAUGUGAUAAACUUGUGUUGCAGUGUGGUAUGAGCCAACUGAUUGUGACAAGGCGUGCAAGCCUUUCCUGUCAGACAGCUGGAAAGCCCUGGCCUACACCUCUCCCAACCUGGCUGAGCUGUGUACCAUAAACAAGGCAUUGGGCCUCCCAACACCUGCAGGUAUGAUAGUCAGUCAUUCCUGCGCACUGAGAUCAUUUCUGGAGCCUACUGUAUAUAAUACGGAAUUAUCCUGGACCCAGCUAUGUUUGUGCUGUGGAGCCAACUCCUAUGCUUGGCUUAACAAUGACCAUAGCAGUUGACACUUCGCAAGACAUCACAAACAUAUCUGAGACCAGGCUAGAUAUAAUAAGUAAUGCACACACUAUGACGUUUUUGUUUGAUAGGAGCUUGUGCAUGAUGAUGAGCUGUCUGAUUUAAUGUGGUCUUGUCUUGUGGUGUCAGUGCUGCCUAGCUCUGUGGAGGAGGUGCUGCGCUGUGCCAUGGCUCUCACACGCCCCCUGCUGGACCACCUGCAGUGUGUGGUGGUGACCCUGGGUGCCAUGGGAGUGCUGCUGUGUGGAGAACAUAACGCUGGGUCUGUAGACCUGCAGCCUAGGAGAGGAACAAGGGUAAUAGGAUACCUUUAUAUAGACUUGUUAAACCAGCCUGAUCGUGAGCUCACAUUCUCACAUUCUGUUUCACUUCUAAACUAAACGUGAGCAUCUUGACAAACCUUUAUAUCUUUAAACAUUAUGGUGAUGAUGAUGUUUUUUGUUUUCCAGAAGGGUCGGCUAUGUGCCGUCCACUACUCUGCUCUGGCUCUGACCGCAGACGAAACGGUGAAUGUCUCAGGAGCCGGAGAUAGGUCAGUAGCUAUCUAGGGAUGGGAGUAAACCAUAAAAUUUAAAUGAAAAAAUGUAUCGCCAUAGGUGAAAUGUUGGUUUCCCACUCACCCCUCUCUCCCUCUCCUCAGUCUUGCAGGUGGGAUAUUGGCAGGGAUGUUCCAGAGCAGAGACACUCACAGCUGUGUUAGGAUGGGGCUCCUGGCAGCACGCCUGUCACUGGCCUCCCCACACCCCAUCUGCACCACUCUGACCACAGACUCUGUGGACCCAAACAAGGUCCAACCACCCCAACCCUGGCCUCAACCCAACCUCCUGUGGCUGGAGGAAUGAAGAAAGAUCCGUUAUUAUAACGUUGUCAUCUUGUUGAACCAUCAAAAUAACUUCUCAAUGUUUAGUUCAGGGGUGUCAACCUCAUUUUUUAUCCCAGGGUCUUCAACGAGGUCCAGAGGGCUGCAAUGAACAUUGGUUAUAUUUCCUCGCUGUCAAAAUUUGCAAAAUAAAAUCCCCUAUCCAUCGUUUUGGGAAUUGAUUAUGGUCCCCGACCAUCUAGCUUUCCUUUCCGUGAUUAUGUUUGACACCCCUGGUUUAGUUCAACCACCUCACCUACCAUCACGGUGACAGGCUGCUGUUAAUUUGCAUCAAUUUUGUCAUAAUUUUCAAUAAAAUACUUUAAUACUUCGA